AUGAAGAUGAUGUCGAAGAGGAUGCGCUUGAAACCAAUGUAUCUGAAAUCCUUGAUUCGCCCGAAAUUACUACCUUGCCAUUAUUUGAAGGACAAUUUCAAUGGAAGAAGGCAAGGUCUUUGAAAACGUCUUUGUCCGAAAACCUAACGCAACAGCAUGCACGCACACCCCAGAUGUCAAGUGGUCGAAGACUCCCUAAUACCACGGUACGAUCUCUGGCUUUAUCGCUGUUAGCCGAUAAAUAUGAUCAGCUAAUGGAUAAAUGGCUAGCAAUUGCCGAUUUGGGAAAACAGAAGAUGGAAAACGAUUUAAAAUUUCAAAAAAAAGAACAAGCUCUGAAAUUGGAGCUCUUGAAACUUCAAAUCAUCAAUGAAAAGAAAAUAUUAUGAAAAUAUAAAUAUAAUUUAUUGUUACAUGUUUUUGCAAUAUGGUAAUAAUAACGUAAAUGCAA